ACGGUUAAUGUUGGGCAAUGUCAUAAAUGUCAACAAAGCUUGAAAAUGUGAGAAAAUAUCUAAAAAUUUUGCUAGUUCAUUUUGAAAAUGAAUUUCUCAAUAUGGAUGUUGUUGAGUUACUAUAUACGACCUAUAGUGAAGUGGUUCCUGAGAAGAACAACAGGAUUGUGUGAGCUCCAAAGAGUCUGCUAUGGAGAAAUCAGUGGGGGUCCAAGAAUAAAAGCAGUGGAGUAUUCCCUAUUGAUGUCAAGAUCAAUGCAAAUACAGCAACUGAUUACCCACCUGAAUAACAUAUCUGACAACCAACGCUUCACUGGGGCCAAUGAAAGGGAAAUACUGAGAGGAGCAGUGAGCACAGUCCUAUUAGUCAAGAAAAUCAAUCCCAAAGUGCAUUUUCAAUUCGUGACUAGCUUUGGGAAGUGCAUCGAACAGAUAUGGGGCUACAGACAGCUAAUUGCACAAGUUGAAGAACUGAGGACUACUUCCUUUGACAGUGAAAAUGCUGCUCAUGAGAAGAAACUGUAUGAGCUUUGGGAGCGUCUUAUGCCUCAAGAGAAAUUGGACGGGCGAAUAACCAAACAGUGGCAAGAUAUUGGGUUCCAAGGGGAAGAUCCCAAGACAGAUUUUCGAGGCAUGGGUCUUCUGGGUCUGGAUAAUCUGUUGUUUUUUGCUACUGAGUACCGGGCACCUGCUCAACAUGUGCUGUCUCAUUCGCAUCACCCUGUAUACGGGUAUUGUUUCGCCAUUGUGGGUAUAAAUCUCACUAGUUUGGCUUGGGUGCUGAUGAAAGAUGGUAGUGCUAAAUCUUAUGUUUAUAAUAGUUCGAGGAGUUUGCCUUCAAUAAGGAUUUUCCAUCAGUUUUAUAGCUAUUUGUUUUAUGAGUUUGAUAGGUUUUGGUUGGAGUGCAAACCCAAAGAUAUUAUGGAGUUUUCUAGUAUCAAGAGUAGGUUUGAGAAUAAUAUUCGAGUUAGUUUGCUGGAUACUAACGCUAAAUUUAGGAUAGGAAUCACAGUGGAUAAUGUUUGAGAUGUUUCACAAAAUUAUAGGAACACACACUGAUUCUGUGGAGCAGUAUAUCUUAUUCCUAAAAAGCUUGCCAUAGUAUUUUAUGAAACAGGUAUUUAUUGUUUUUCUCAAUGAUUGAAAUUUUUUUAUAAUAUUUUUUGACCUGAAUAUUCAAAAGAUCAUUAGUUUGCUGUAAUCUAUUUUUUUAAGAACCUAAGAAUAUUUAUGUAUGUUUUAUUCUUGUGAAUCAGGGAUUUGAUUGUAAGAGUGGAUAGUUAUUAUUUUUUUAUUUUUUAUUUAUUUGAAUUGAUAUUUUUUUACAAUGUGUUUUUUUCAGGAAUCUACAGUAUAGUUGCUUCAUUAUAUCUAAUUUACAAAAUGAAAUAAAAGCACACAUUCCAAUGGAAUGAAUAUACCUGAUAUUCAUCUAGUUAUUAUUGUCUUUUUUCCUGGGUAAAUAUCCUAAAUGAAAUGAAAAAUCUUCAGUAAUUAAUCUGUAUUAUAAAGCUGAGAAGAUACCUG